AACCCUUCACUGCCUGUAGUCCCCUCUGCAGCCAUGACACCAAGACUCCUUCCUUCCUUUGCCAGUCUACUGCUUGCGGCUCUGCUGUUUCCAGCAGGGUUGUCCAGUGCCUCGUCCAUUAACCACUUAGUCACUGAACCUCCCAGUUUCCCCAAGGAUGAAUUUCCUGCUCGAGGAGUAAAUGGGUCUCAGUUGAAUCACAGAGUGAAACGAUUGCCUCCACGCACUCCCCCUUACCGUGAGGCUGAACCAAAUUACCAGAUUGUCAACUGUAAGAAGAGUGAAGGACAAUGUCAAGAAUACUGUAAUUUCAUGGAAACACAAGUGGGCUACUGUUCAAAAAAGAAAGAAGCCUGCUGCUUACAUCCAUUCUGAUGUUGCUGAUCACCUGUCAGCUCUCCUCAACUAUCAUGUCCUUCCAGGUGUGGCCACAUUAGAGAAGAGCCUAAACAGAGGAAGGCAUCUCUAUCCAUGUCCAGCAAACUAAGCCUCUUAUUAUGACAAAACUAAACAACAAAAGCGUUGUACACACUAUCUUACCAAAGGCUUGCUAGAUUUAGACACAUCUCCAAAGUCACACUGGAUGUAGUUUACUCAUGCUGGAAUAAACCUUCAUAGGAAAGC